ACACUGAUUUCUUCGCCGGGCGGUUCUGGUUCUCCAGCUCGUGUCAAACUUUUAUAAAUGCACACUAGUAGUCACACAUUUAGGAAAAGAUGCACAGUAAGAUAGCUACACUCAAAACUUUAAAUAUUAUUAAAUCAAAACGAUAAUACGUACCGUCGUUAUUUUAUUAUUACAGUACAGUGCGGGCUACGUGGGGGGCGACAUUUCCCCCUCUCGCCGCUGUUACGGUACAUGAGGGAAAAAUGGCGAACUCGCCGUAGCAGCCUUGGACGCCGCUUUGGUUUGAGCCGCGUAAAGCUGAAGACGGCAGACGGUUUAGUGUCUUUGGACCUGGUGUUUUGAUCUUCGCAAGGACGGGGGUGGUAGGAGAGAGCUGUGCGUGGAACCACUGGUCGGAUAUGAACGGGGAAAUCAUAUGCUGUCCACAAUGUGUCACCGUUUCAAGUUGCCCUCAGUCCACGUCUCCGGUCUGCGAUGACAAGAUGGCGCAGCAGGGAAGAUGCCCUUCCCUGUGUUGUCAGACGAAUGAUGUCCAGAGGCUGGGAGAAGGCCGGAUGGCAAACGGCAUCGGCUCGAUGACGAAAGAUUGCAACUCUUCGGAUGCAGCAAGGCAGCCUACCUCUUGCUGGUCAGACGAAGGCACAUCACCUGUACCGUUUCAACGUCGCCUUCAGCCUGCCACAGAGCGGCCCCCGCAGUUGGCUCCUGACAGGCCACCGGCUCCUUUGCACAGCAGAAACCGGAGCACGGCCGUGUCCCGCCGUCAUCAGAAGAAGAGAGUCACGUCCAAAGCGGCCCAAGGAAAAACCUCCCAGAACCGAAAAGUUACUGACUUCUUUCCAAUAAGGCGCAGCUCACGAAAAAGUAAAACGGAGCUCAAGUGCGAACAGAAGAACCUCAUCGACCACCUCAUCACAAACGGCAUCGAGGAAGGAAUGCAGGUGCAGCACAUGGAGGGAAAGGGCCGAGCGGUGUUUGCCGCACGUCGCUUCCGCAAAGGCGAGUAUGUGGUGGAGUACCACGGUGAUCUCUUGGAGAUGGCAGACGCCAAAAAGCGCGAGGCGGAGUAUGCCCAAAACCCAGAGACGGGCUGCUACAUGUACUACUUUCAGUACCUCUGCAAAGCAUACUGCGUGGACGCCACCAAAGAGACCAAUCGUCUGGGGCGUCUGAUCAAUCACAGCAAGAGCGGCAACCUGCAAACCAAACUGCACGACGUGGACGGCGCACCGCAUCUCAUCCUGGUGGCGUCGCGGGACAUCGAUGAGGGCGAGGAGCUGCUCUACGACUACGGCGACCGUAGCAAGGCGUCCAUCGCCGCGCACCCGUGGCUCAAACACUAACCCUGAGGAGAACUUCUUUUACUUUGAAACACUACCCCCAGAAGGUCACAUUGGGUGUUUUGGGUCAAUGCUGAAAUUUUACCCAAUAUCCCCAAUUUUUUGGGAGCAGCACAUUCUGGUUGUGUUUUAUUUUAUUUUUUUUAUUUGGACAUUUUCUGGAGAUGACGCACUUGGGCAUGCUUCUACAGGUAGGUGCAGUUUUAUACAAUUUUCACCCCAAUUAAGGCACUAGUUUUUAAAGGACAUUGAAUUCACACGAGAACAUUCUCCACACGCUAUCACGGCAACAUUUUGGGCACUUGUCUUUUUCCCCCUUUUUUUUUUAAAUUUAUUUUAUUAUUAUUUUUUUUUACACUUUGAUGACUGUCAAACACAUUGCUGUUUGGUUUUAGCUAAAAUUGCUAUUUUUUUUUUUUUUUUUUAACUUAACUAGCCGGGGCAGUGUUACAGUUUACAUUUGGGGCCACACUGAAAAUAAAAUAAAGCAAUUGUACUACCA